GGUCGACAGACGAUGCUGACCGCCACAAAUGCAGAUGUGACGAUGAUGUCAUCAGGAGGGGCGGAGACGGUGACGAGUCUUCACAUCGACCUCACAGCUUCGGGACGCGGACAUGAUGUCACAGAGUCGUCUCCCAUCUUCCUCUACACGGACACAGGUGUGUUAACAGCCUCCACAGGGACAGACAGCACAAUUUCAACAGGAACAGGAAGUCCUCUCGACCUCAGUCUUCCAGCUGUAACUGAUCAGACAGCAGCUGGUCCAGCCGUCACUGAACAAUACAACCCAUCUGGUCAGGGUCCUGAAGGUGCAGAAAAUGUGGAACUGGAGGAUACCUGCUGACUUCCACAUAAAGCCGCGAGUUCGAUUCCUGCGCUACCAAUUCCAGUGUACCGACCAAUCAGAAUGGCCCAGGAGACCAGACCCCGCCCACUAGUUGUAGGCCCCGCCCACCGAGUGUAUUUUAUAUUUAAUACGUGGAGAUGUUGUUUAUAGACAUUUAUUUUUUAGAGAAAUUAUUAAAAAAUAAAUAAAGUUUCAGCCGGUGAUUGAGCGGUGAUUCUGUUUUGACUUAACAACAUCAUACAGGAUGUGACAUCAUCUUCGCCGUCAG